AUGCCAGAUUUGAGACGUGGAGUUCGCCAAGCUAAAAAAGUGAUAAAUCUUGAUAAUAAUAAUAAUAAUAAUAAUAAUAAUGAUGAUGAUGUUGUUGUAGUAGCUCCUACAACACGUCGUGGGACCCGAAGAGGUAAAGCUCAGACACCAAAAGCAACUCCGGCAUACCCGAUUCCAAUGCCGAGGCCAGGUGGCAGAGGGAGAGGGGGUAAAGGAAUUGAACAAGAUAAAAAUGAGAAAUUGGUUGUUAAUGGUGAGGAGGAAGGAAGCUCGAGCCCCGUUCCUGAAAGGGUGCAAGUUGGCAAUUCUCCUGCAUACAAGUUAGAAAGAAAACUCGGUAAAGGAGGAUUUGGUCAAGUUUAUGUCGGUAGGAGGGUGACAGGUGGAAUGGGAAACUCGGGUCCAGAUGCUCUUGAGGUUGCUUUGAAGUUGGAACAUCGUAAUGGGAAGGGAUGUAGUUAUGGUCCUCCUUAUGAGUGGCAAGUUUAUAGUACUCUAAAUGGUUGUUAUGGGAUUCCAAUGGUUCAUCACAAAGGUCGCCAAGGAGAAUAUUACAUCCUUGUUAUGGACAAGCUAGGCCCGAGUUUGUGGGAUGUUUGGAACUCUAGCAACCAAACUCUUUCAGAAGAAAUGGUUGCUUGUAUAGCAGUGGAAUCUUUAUCAAUAUUAGAGCAGCUUCACUUAAGAGGUUUUGUUCAUGGAGAUGUAAAACCAGAAAACUUUUUACUUGGUCAACCGGGGACACCCAAUGAGAAAAAGUUGUAUUUGGUUGAUCUUGGUUUAGCUUCAAAAUGGAGGGAUACGUCUUCGGGUAAUCAUGUUGAUUAUGACCAAAAGCCUGAUGUGUUCAGGGGAACAGUACGUUACGCGAGUGUACAUGCACAUUUAGGAAGAACUGGAAGUAGAAGAGAUGACCUUGAAUCAUUGGCUUAUACAUUAGUUUUCCUCCUCAAAGGAAAACUUCCAUGGCAAGGUUUCGUUGGAGAGAACAAAGGGUUCCUUGUUUGUAAAAAAAAGAUGGCAACGUCUCCGGAUAUUCUUUGUUAUUAUUGUCCUUCACCCUUUAAACAAUUUCUUGAAGCAGUGACCAAUAUGAGAAUCGAUGGUGCCCUAAAGGUGGGACAAAAGAGGGGAAGGUUGCUUAGUGAUUUGGAAGAUGGUUCUCAACCUAAAAAGAAAAUUAGACUCGGGACACCAGCUAAUCAGUGGAUUUCAGUUUAUACAUCAAGAACACCAAUGAAGCAAAGAUACUAUUAUAAUGUAUUGGAUUCAAGACUUCAUCAGCAUGUGGAAAAAGGGAAGAAUGAUGGUUUGUAUGUUAGUUGUGUAGCAUCUGCAUUGAAUUUAUGGGCAGUUGUCAUGGAUGCUGGGACAGGGUUCACUUCGCAAGUUUACGAGAUUACCCCCAUGUUUUUACGCAAGGAGUGGAUAAUGGAGCAAUGGGAGAAAAACUAUUACAUAACAUCACUUGCAGGUGCCUCAAAUGGCAGUGCCUUGGUUGUAAUGUCAAAGGGGACAACAUACACACAACAAUCAUACAAAGUAAGCGAUGUGUUUCCAUUCAAGUGGAUCAACAAGAAAUGGAAGGAGGGCUUUUUGGUCACUUCAAUGACAACUGCUGGUAAUAGAUGGGGCAUUGUGAUGUCUCGUGAUGCAACUUAUUCCAAUCAGGUGGUGGAACUUGAUUUUCUUUAUCCAAGUGAAGGGAUUCAUAGAAGAUGGGAAAACGGAUACCGAAUUACAUCAGCUGCUGCAACUGAAGAUCAAGCUGCUUUCAUACUUAGUACUUCAAGGAGGAAAUUACAAGAUGUCACUCAAGAAACUCUCAGGACUUCUGCUUUUCCUAGUACCCAUGUCAAGGAGAAAUGCUUCUAUCGGUAUUCAAAAUCUGCUCAACAUGUUGUCCUUUAGCUUUCAUGCUACACCUUUCUUGAAAAAUGGUUGAUUGGAAAUGUUGAAAUUUAGUCGACAUUUCUGUGUCAUUUUUUUUAAUAUGAGGAAGGGAGAUAAUUUAUACAACGAUGAAGAAAAGAUGGGGUUUUGUGGCACCCCUCUUUUUUUGGGUUUGUUGGUGUGUUGUAAGGAUGUAUAGUCGAUAAACUUAAUGUUAAAACUGGUGGUUAAAAGUGUGAUGUUGUUACAUGGCUUGAAAAAAAGUCGGGUUUUGUGAAAAAUUGUAUGGUGUGUAAUUGAAUUUAUAAAGAAAAGUUAAGAAAAAGGUGAAGAGAUUAUGAUAUUUUGAUGAGUUGUUUUGUUUUUGGCAAAAUUUCUUCCA